AUGUCGUGCAAAUCAACCAAAGUGGCUCCAAGUGUUGACUUUGACCACAGUUGUUCCGACAGCGUGGAAUACCUCACAUUAAAUUUUGGUCCUUUUGAAACUGUUCACCGUUGGAGAAGGCUUCCUCCGUGUGAUGAGUUUGUUGGAGCAAGGCGCAGCAAACACACUGUCGUGGCAUAUAGAGAUGCUAUCUACGUGUUUGGGGGAGACAAUGGCAAGAACAUGUUGAAUGACUUGCUCCGUUUUGAUGUGAAGGACUGCUCUUGGUGUAGGGCCUUCACCACAGGAACCCCACCUGCUCCCCGAUACCACCAUUCAGCUGUGGUCUAUGGAAGCAGCAUGUUUGUUUUUGGAGGGUAUACUGGAGACAUAUAUUCCAACUCCAACCUAAAAAAUAAAAAUGAUCUCUUUGAAUACAAGUUUGCAACAGGACAGUGGACGGAAUGGAAAGUAGAGGGGAGCCUGCCAGUGGCUCGCUCAGCUCACGGAGCCACAGUUUACAGUGAUAAGUUGUGGAUAUUUGCAGGUUAUGAUGGGAAUGCCAGGUUGAACGACAUGUGGACCAUCAGCCUGCAGGACAGAGAGCAUGCAUGUUGGGAAGAGAUUGAGCAGAGUGGCGAGAUUCCUCCGUCUUGCUGCAACUUCCCCGUAGCUGUAUGCAGGGACAAGAUGUUUGUCUUUUCGGGCCAGAGCGGAGCCAAGAUAACCAACAACCUCUUCCAGUUUGAAUUCAAUGGCCACAUGUGGACCCGCAUUCCCACUGAACAUUUGCUACGAGGCUCUCCGCCACCUCCUCAGCGGCGUUAUGGCCACACAAUGGUUGCCUUCGACCGCCAUUUGUAUGUGUUUGGCGGGGCUGCUGAUAACACUCUGCCCAAUGAGCUGCACUGCUAUGAUGUGGACUCUCAGAGCUGGGAGGUGAUCCACCCCAGUCUGGACAGUGAGAUGCCAAGUGGGAGGCUCUUCCAUGCAGCUGCUGUGAUUCAAGACGCUAUGUACAUUUUUGGAGGGACUGUGGACAACAAUGUUCGCAGUGGGGAGAUGUACAGGUUUCAGUUUUCUUGCUAUCCAAAGUGUACUCUCCAUGAAGACUAUGGUAAAUUGUGGGAGAACCGACAGUUCUGUGACGUGGAAUUUAUUCUAGGAGAGCGGGAAGAAAGAGUUCUGGGACAUAUAGCUAUUGUGACGGCCAGAUGCCAGUGGCUGCGUAAGAAAAUCCUGCAGGCUCGGGAAAGACAGCGACAGAGGACCAAACAGGACAGCAGUGAGGAGAGUGAUGAAGGGGCCACAAGAGGUGGAACUCACAAGCUAUCGGGCAGACAGCCAAUGCUGGAAGUAUCCAUCAGGGAAGCAGAAGCCCAGCCUUUUGAAGUGUUAAUGCAGUUUCUCUACACAGACAAGAUUCAGUACCCACGCAGAGGUCAUGUUCAGGAUGUUCUCCUAAUCAUGGACGUUUACAAACUAGCCCUGAGUUUCAAACUCUCCCGCUUGGAGCAGUUGUGUGUUCAGUACAUCGAGGCUUCUGUUGACCUGCAGAACGUUCUCAGUGUUUGUGAAAAUGCAAACAAGCUCCAACUUGACCAGCUAAAGGAACAUUGCCUUAAUUUCGUGGUGAAAGAAUCCCACUUCAACCAGGUGAUCAUGACGAGAGAGUUUGAACAUCUGUCCACGCCACUGAUUGUGGAGAUAGUCCGACGAAAGCAGCAGCCCCCUCCGAGAUUGUACUCUGACCAGCCUGUGGACAUUGGCACCUCCCUAGUGCAGGACAUGAAGGCGUACCUAGAAGGAGGGGGCCUUGAGUUCUGUGAUAUUAUCCUGCUGUUAGAUGGGCACCCUCGACCCGCUCAUAAAGCCAUACUAGCAGCUCGUUCCAGUUAUUUCGAGGCCAUGUUCCGCUCCUUCAUGCCAGAGGACGGCCAGGUUAAUAUCUCUAUCGGUGAGAUGGUUCCCAGUAAGCAGGCAUUCGAGUCCAUGCUACGCUACAUCUACUAUGGGGAUGUUAACAUGCCUCCAGAAGAUUCUCUUUAUCUGUUUGCUGCACCAUAUUAUUACGGCUUUUCAAAUAACAGGCUGCAAGCUUAUUGCAAGCAAAAUCUGGAGAUGAAUGUCACCGUGGAGAACGUUUUGCAGAUUCUGGAGGCGGCCGAUAAGACUCAGGCUCUGGACAUGAAGAAGCAUUGCCUACACAUAAUUGUCCACCAGUUCAUCAAGGUAUCCAAGCUCCCCAACCUGCGUUCUCUCAGCCAGUUGCUGCUGUUGGACAUCAUUGAGUCUCUAGCUACACACAUAUCAGACAAGCAGUGUGCUGAGAUGGGCUCCGACAUUUAG